AUGGCUACUUUUCACUCAGUCGACCAUUUCCAGGCCUCGUCCGAUGGUUUCAUCUCCUUAAUGGAUGACCCUGCGUUGGUUAUGGCUCCCAGCCCAUCCAUGCCAACUCACCAGCUGCAACCAAGCUUCGAGGAUGGGGAUGAGGAUUUGGACUUUGGCAAUAAUGCAAACAAAUGUGAACACCCAGCUGCAAAUGAUGAGCUCAAGGGAUUAGUAAAUGUCCUAUAA